AUAUUUAAAAUGCGCUAUUUGUGGUAUGUAAGCGUACUGCUAGUGCUGGGAGUUUUAGCAAAUGUUAGCAUAGCAGAAGAUUCACAACAAUUAAUAGAACCUAAAGAAGAAACUAAUGUAGCCGUCAAGGAACUUUUAAAUGCAGAUGCCGGUACGACAGCUGAUAGCACAGGCGAUCGUGAGACUAGACAAGCACGUACAUUUGGUUUACUAGGUGGAUUGGGAGGAUUUGGUAGUCCAUUUUAUGGAGGUGGCUUUGGCAGACCAUUCUAUGGUGGUGGAUUCGGCAGACCAUAUUAUGGCGGUGGAUUUGGCCGACCUUUUUAUGGUGGUGGCUUUGGCCGACCUUUCUAUGGUGGUGGCUUUGGCAGACCAUUUUAUGGUGGUGGCUUCAGAAGACCUUUCUACGGCGGAUUCCGAAGACCUGGUUUCUAUGGUUAA